CGGCGCCGCGCUCCGAGCGCUCAGACCGCGGCCGCCUCCGGCGAGGGAGACCGAGUCCCGCACGCCCGACAUGCUCCUCGGCUAGCGGCUCCCCGGCCCACGAGCACCACGCGUCCUCCUCUCGGUUGUUUCUCUCUCUCUCACACACACACACAAACACACGCACGCACACAACCUCGCGCCAGUCUAUACACUGGAGGAGAAAACCUUUCCCUGGCGCCCCCUCCCUCUGCACCCCGACACGCCGAGGAGCCGCGCGGUGGGGGCCCUCGGACUAUCUGGAAAUGCGCAUCCUAAAGCGCUUCCUCGCCUGUAUCCAGCUCCUCUGUGUCUGCCGCCUGGAUUGGUCUUAUGGAUACUACAGACAACAGAGAAAACUUGUUGAAGAGAUUGGCUGGUCCUAUACAGGAGCAUUGAAUCAAAAAAAUUGGGGAAAGAAAUAUCCAACAUGUAAUAGCCCCAAACAAUCUCCUAUCAAUAUUGAUGAAGAUCUUACACAAGUAAAUGUGAAUCUUAAGAAACUUAAAUUUCAGGGUUGGGAUAAAACAUCUUUGGAAAACACAUUCAUUCAUAACACUGGGAAAACAGUGGAAAUUAAUCUCACUAAUGACUACCAUCUCAGUGGAGGAGUUUCCGAAAUGGUGUUCAAAGCAAGCAAGAUAACUUUUCACUGGGGAAAAUGCAAUACGUCGUCUGAUGGGUCAGAACACAGUUUAGAAGGACAAAAAUUUCCACUUGAGAUGCAAAUCUACUGCUUUGAUGUGGACCGAUUUUCAAGUUUUGAGGAAGCAGUGAAAGGAAAAGGGAAGUUGAGAGCUUUAUCCAUUUUAUUUGAGGUUGGAAUAGAAGAAAAUUUGGAUUACAAAGCAAUUAUUGAUGGAGUCGAGAGGGUUAGUCGCUUUGGGAAACAGGCUGCGUUAAAUCCGUUCACAUUGCUGAACCUUCUGCCAAAUUCAACUGACAAGUAUUACACGUACAAUGGCUCCCUGACGUCUCCUCCCUGUACAGACACUGUUGACUGGAUUAUUUUUAAAGAUACAGUUAGCAUCUCUGAAAGCCAGUUGGCUGUUUUUUGUGAAGUUCUUACAAUGCAGCAGUCUGGUUACGUCAUGCUGAUGGACUACUUGCAAAAUAAUUUUCGAGAGCAACAGUACAAGUUCUCUAGGCAGGUGUUUUCCUCAUACACGGGAAAGGAAGAGAUUCAUGAAGCAGUCUGUAGUUCAGAACCAGAAAAUGUUCAAGCUGACCCGGAGAAUUAUACCAGCCUCCUCGUGACAUGGGAGAGACCUCGAGUGGUUUAUGAUACCAUGAUUGAGAAGUUUGCUGUGCUGUACCAGCGGUUGGAGGGAGAAGACCAGACCAAGCAUGAGUUUCUGACUGACGGCUACCAAGACUUGGGUGCUAUUCUUAAUAAUUUACUACCCAAUAUGAGUUAUGUUCUUCAAAUCGUAGCCAUAUGCACUAAUGGCUUGUAUGGAAAAUACAGCGACCAGCUGAUUGUCGACAUGCCUUCCGAUGACCCUGAACUUGACCUCUUUCCUGAAUUAAUUGGAACUGAAGAAAUAAUUAAGGAGGAAGAAGAGGGAAGAGACAUUGAAGAAGACACCAUUGUGAAUCCUGAUAGAGACAGUGCCACAAACCAAAUAAGGAGGAAGGAACCCCAGAUUCCUACCACGACAAACUACAACCGAGGAGGGGCUAAGUACAAUGAAGCCAAGACUAACCGGUCCCCAACGAGAGGAAGUGAAUUCUCUGGAAAGGGUGGUACUCCCAACACAUCCUUAGAUUCCACUUCCCAACCAGUCACUGAACUAGCCCCAGAAAAAGGUGUCCCUUUGACUUCACGCCCUGUGACCCAGCUGCCACCUCUCACUCUGGAAGACACUUCAGCCUCUCUGAGUGAUGGUUUUGUCCGAGUUCCACAGAUGAACUUGUCUGGGACUGUGGAAUCUUUCCAUACGGUUUCUGUAACGGAAUCUCCAGAGGCAUCUACCGACAUCAGUGAGGAAGAGAGUUUAUUGACCAGUUUCAAGCUCGAUACGGGAGCUGAUGAUUCUUCAGGCUCCAGUCCUGCAACUUCGGCUGUGCCGUUCAUCUCUGAGAACAGAUCCCACGGCUAUGAAACUUCUUCAGAAAACCCAGAGGCAGUCACAUACGAUGUCCUUGUACCAGCAUCUACGAGAAAUGCUUCCGAAGAUUCAGCGUCCUCAGGUUCGGAGGAGUCUCUCGGGGACCCUUCCCUUGAUGGAAACGUGUGGUUUCCUGAUACCACAGAUGUGACGACACAGCCUGAUGUUGGAUCAGGUAGAGAGGGCUUUCCCCAGACUAAUGACACCGAGACAGACACUGAGGAACCCGAGAAGACCGCCGAGUCCUCUUCCCCGGGCCCCCUGGUGUCACAGGGCCCCUCGCUCACGGAUAUGGACAUGCCACAUUAUCCUACCUUUGCGUCCUUCCCAACGGAGGUAACUCCUCAUGCUUUUACCCCGUCCUCCGGACAGCAUGAUUCAAUCCCCACCGUCCACGGGGUCCACUCGCAGACAACCCAGCCAGUCUACAACGGUGAGACACCUGUUCAACCUUCCUACAGUAGUGACGUCUUUCCUCUAGCCACCCCUUUGUUGCUUGACAAUCAGAUCCUCAACACUACCCCUGCUGCUUCAGGUAGUGAUUCGGCCUUGCAUGCUACGCCUGUAUUUCCCAGUGUCGGUGUGUCGUUUGAAUCCAUCCUGUCUUCCUAUGACGGUGCGCCUUUGCUUCCAUUCUCCUCUGCUUCCUUCAGUAGUGAAUUGCUUCGCCAUGUGUAUACAGUCUCUGAAAUCCUUCCACACGUCACUUCAGCUCUUGAGAGUGAUCAGGUGUCCCUGCAUGCUUCUCUGCCAGUGGCUGGGGGUGAUGCGCUGUUAGAGCCCAGCCUUGCUCCGUACUCUGAUGUGCUGUCACAUCAGACCACUGCUCGUGCUGCUUCAGAGACCGUGGAAUUUGGCGGUAGUGAACCUGGUGUCCUUUAUAAAACGCUUAUGUUUUCUCAAGUUGAACCGUCCAGCAGUGAGGCCGUGAUGCAUGCACGUUCUUCAGGGCCUGAACCUUCCUAUGCCUUAACUAAUAAUGAGGGCUCCCAACACCUCUUCACUGUUCCUUACGGUUCUGCAGUACCUGUGCAGGAUUCUGUUCAGGUUUCCCUCUUUAGCAGCCCUAGCCACACACCGAUGCCUAAGUCUUCCUUAGUAACCCCAACCGCGUCGUUGCCGCCGCCUACUCAUGGCCUCUCUGGUGAUGGGGAGUGGUCUGGAGCCUCCUCUGAUAGAGAGUUUCUUUUACCUGACACAGAUGGUCUUAACGUGUCUUCAACUGUUUUUGUAGCCGAAUUUACACAUCCAACACCUUUGUCUGGUGAUGAUAACAAGCGGCUUUCUAAAAGUGAGAUAAUACGUGGCAAUGAGACUGAACAGCAAAUUUCUCCUUUCAGUGAGCUGGCUUACCAUUCUGGAAGCACAGUCUUGCCUGACCUGUAUGAUCAUGUAAAUAAGCCGAAUGCGUCUUUACAGGAGUCCCCUGUCUCCAUUUCUAGCACAAAGGGCAUACUUCCAGGGCUGCUUGCUUAUCCCACUACUAAGGUUUUUGAUCAUGAGAUUAGUCAAGUUCCAGAAAAUAACUUUUCAGUUCAGUCUUCACAUGCUGAAUCUCAAGCAUUUGGUGAUACUUCACUUAAACCUGUGCUUAGUGCAAACUCAGAGCCAGCCUCCGCUGACCCUGCUUCUAGUGAGAUGUUAUCUCCUUCAACCCAGCUCAUAUUUUAUGAGCCCUCAGCUUCUUUUAAUACUGAAGCGUUGCUGCAGCCUUCCUUUCAGGCUUCUGCUGUUGACACGUUGCUUAGAACUGCUCUUCCAGCUGUGCCUAGUGACCCAAUGUUGGCUGAAACCCCCAAGGUUGAUCAAAUUAGUUCAACAGCAUUGCAUCUCAUGGCAUCAGAUUCUGCUUCAAGUGAAAACACGCAGCCCUCUGCAUCUGUACCGGUCUCUGGUGUAUCGCCUACUUCUAAUACGCACGCUGCUUCACUUCAAGGUUUAACCAUUUCUUACGCAAGUGAGAAAUAUUUUGAACCAGUUUUGCCUAAAAGUGAAAGUUCCCAGCAAGUGGUACCCUCCUUGUACAGUACUGAUGCGUUAUUCCAAACUGCCAAUUUGGAGCUUAACCCUGCCUUUCCCCCAGAAGGAAAGCAUGCAUUUGCUACCCCUGUCUUAUCAGCUGAUGCACACCCAGAUACACUUAUAAACACGUUUAUUUAUUCUGAUGAAGUCUUCACCUCCACCAAGGGUCCUGCUUCUGAUGAGGUAUUGGCUGGCGUUCCUACAGUUGUAACUGCUGAUCGUUCUGUUCCCUUAGGAAAUGUGUAUGAGUAUGUUUCCGUUACAGCUGUUUCUCCCAGCAAAGAUGGUUCUGUAACCACAACCAAGUUGCUGUUUCCUUCUAGAACAACUUCGGAGCUGAUUCAGAGUGCCAGAUCUGAUGCCGAUUUAGUGGGUGGUGGUGACAAUGGUGACAGUGAUGAUUACGAUGAUGAUGAUUAUGAUGACAGAGAUAGAGGUGGCUUAUCCAUAAAUAAGUGCAUGUCAUGCUUCUCCUAUAGAGAAUCACAGGAAAAGGUAAUGAAUGAUUCAGCCAGCCAGGAAAACGGUCUUGUGGAUCAGAAUAACCCAAUCUCAUACUCACUAUCUGAGAAAUCUGAAGAGGAAAAUAAAGCUACAGGUGUAAUAUCAGACAGUCAGACUGAUAAACCAGCAACAGCAAAUGUGCCACCCCCAGAGCACGAUGAUGGAAAACAGGAAAAUGACAUUCAGACUGGGAAUGCCCUGCCUCCUUUCACCCCAGAGUCUAAAGCAUGGGCAGUUCUCACAAGUGAUGAAGAGAGUGGAUCAGGGCAAGCUGCCUCAGAUAGCCUUAAUGAUAACGAGACUUCCACAGAUUUCAGUUUUCCAGAUGUUAUUGAAAGAGAUGGUGAUGGGGUCCCGGAAGCAGGUGACUCAGAAAAGACUCCUGGACCCCCACAGUCCUCGACACCAACUGUAACUAGCGGGCACUCAGAAGUGUUCAACAUUUCAGAGGCAGAGGCCAGUAAUAGUAGCCAUGAGUCUCGCGUUGGUCUAGCUGAGGGGUUGGAAUCCGAGAAGAAGGCAGUUAUACCCCUCGUGAUCGUGUCAGCCCUGACUUUUAUCUGUCUAGUGGUUCUUGUGGGUAUUCUCAUCUACUGGAGAAAAUGUUUCCAGACUGCACACUUUUAUUUAGAGGACAGUACAUCCCCUCGAGUAAUAUCCACACCUCCAACGCCCAUCUUUCCAAUUUCAGAUGAUGUUGGAGCAAUUCCAAUAAAGCACUUUCCAAAACAUGUUGCAGACUUACAUGCAAGUAGUGGGUUUACUGAAGAAUUUGAGACACUGAAAGAGUUUUACCAGGAGGUGCAGAGCUGUACUGUUGACUUAGCUAUCACAGCAGACAGCUCCAAUCACCCCGACAAUAAGCACAAGAACCGAUACGUAAAUAUCGUUGCCUAUGAUCAUAGUAGGGUUAAACUUGCACAACUUGCUGAAAAAGAUGGCAAACUGACUGAUUACAUCAAUGCCAAUUAUGUUGAUGGCUACAACAGACCAAAAGCUUACAUUGCCGCCCAAGGCCCACUGAAAUCCACAGCCGAAGAUUUCUGGAGAAUGAUAUGGGAGCAUAAUGUGGAAGUUAUUGUCAUGAUAACAAACCUUGUGGAGAAAGGAAGGAGAAAGUGUGACCAGUACUGGCCUGCAGAUGGGAGUGAAGAGUAUGGGAACUUUCUGGUCAUGCAGAAGAGCGUUCAAACUCUUGCUUAUUAUACUGUGAGGAAUUUUACUCUAAGAAACACAAAGAUCAAAAAAGGGUCCCAGAAAGGAAGACCCAGUGGGCGCCUGGUCACGCAGUACCACUACACCCAGUGGCCAGACAUGGGCGUGCCCGAGUACUCGCUGCCUGUGUUGACCUUUGUGAGGAAGGCAUCCCACGCCAAGCGCCACGCUGUGGGGCCUGUCGUUGUCCACUGCAGCGCUGGGGUUGGAAGAACGGGCACGUACAUCGUGCUGGACAGUAUGUUGCAGCAAAUUCAACACGAAGGAACUGUCAACGUUUUCGGCUUUUUAAAACACAUUCGUUCACAAAGAAAUUACUUGGUGCAAACUGAGGAACAGUACAUCUUCAUUCAUGACGCGCUGGUGGAGGCCAUCCUGAGUAAAGAGACCGAGGUACCCGACAGCCACAUCCACGCCUACGUGAACGCGCUCCUCAUUCCCGGGCCAUCCGGCAAAACAAAGCUAGAAAAACAAUUCAAGCUUCUGAGUCAGUCAAAUAUACAGCAAAGUGACUAUUCCACAGCCCUAAAGCAAUGCAACAGGGAAAAGAACAGAACUUCUUCCAUCAUCCCUGUGGAAAGAUCCAGGGUUGGCAUUUCAUCCCUGAGCGGGGAAGGCACAGACUACAUCAACGCCUCCUACAUCAUGGGUUAUUACCAGAGCAAUGAAUUCAUUGUCACCCAGCAUCCCCUUCUUCAUACCAUCAAGGAUUUCUGGAGGAUGAUAUGGGACCAUAACGCCCAGCUGGUCAUUAUGCUUCCGGAUGGUCAAAAUAUGGCAGAAGACGAAUUUGUUUACUGGCCAAAUAAAGAUGAGCCUAUAAACUGUGAGAGUUUUAAGGUCACUCUUAUGGCUGAAGAACACAAAUGUCUGUCUAAUGAAGAAAAACUUAUAAUGCAAGAUUUCAUCUUGGAAGCUACACAGGAUGAUUAUGUACUUGAAGUGAGACAUUUUCAGUGUCCCAGAUGGCCAAAUCCAGAUAGCCCCAUUAGUAAAACGUUUGAACUCAUAAGUAUUAUCAAAGAAGAAGCUGCCACCAGGGAUGGGCCUGUGAUUGUUCACGAUGAGCAUGGAGGAGUGACAGCAGGAACUUUCUGUGCUCUGACAACCCUUAUGCACCAACUAGAAAAAGAAAACUCCAUGGAUGUUUACCAAGUGGCCAAGAUGAUCAAUCUGAUGAGGCCAGGAGUCUUUGCCGACAUUGAGCAGUAUCAGUUUCUCUACAAAGCAGUUCUCAGCCUUGUGAGCACGAGGCAGGAAGAGAAUCCAUCCACCUCUCUGGACAGCAAUGGCGCAGCACUGCCUGAUGGAAAUAUAGCCGAGAGCUUAGAGUCUUUAGUUUAAGCCGGAGACGGGUAGGGGAGUCCACAUCUGAGCACUGUUGUCCUCUUUCUAAAAUUAGACAGGAACAUCAUUCAGUUCUUCUGUCAUCUGUUUACUUCUCAUUACCUGACAGUAACUUUCAUAACGUAGGCUUCUGCUGCCAAAUUUACAUCAUUAACAACGUGUGCCUUUUUGCAGAACUUCUUGUAAUUCACUUAAUUGUGUUUAAACUAAAAUGAUUGAAAUUUACAGUGUUUCUAAGAAUGGAAUUGUGGUAUCUUUUUUUCAUAUUGAUUUUAACAGAAAUUUCAAUUUAUAGAUACUAGGAAUUUCCAACUACAGAAAACAUGUUUGUUUUUAGUGUCAAAUUUUUAGCUGUAUUUGUAGCAAUCAUCAGGUUUGCUAGAAAUGUAACUUUUAAUAUAGUACGCUGUAAAUAAAACACUCUGUUCCCUAUGAUAGCCAACAUUUUACAACUGCAGUAUUCACCUAAAGUAGAAAUAAUCUGAUACUUACUGUAAAUACUGUUCUAGAGUCUCCCUGGACCAAAUUUAUAUUUAUAAUUGUAGAUUUUUAUAUUUUACUACUGAGUCAGUUUUCUAGUUCUGUGUAAUUGUUUAGUUUAAUGAUGUAGUUCAUUAUCUGGUCUUACUUGACAAGUCUUCUGAUACCGUUUUGUGUUUAGUGAUUAACUCUGUUUUAGCAUGUAAUUUUAACUUUUAUGGAAAAUAAAAAAAUGCAUUUGUUUUGAAAGAAGAUGUUUUUAUGAGAAUAACACCUUACCCAACAUUGUUUAAAUGGUUUUUAUCCAAGGCAUCACAAAAAUAAAUAUAAAUA